UUAAGUGACGGCGCUUCCGGCUGGUGAGACGCCGUAGGUGAUAAUAAAAAAAGACGAAAGCGGCGGAGUGGAAGUGGCGAGUGAGCGGGCGGGCUCGAGGAACGGACGGGCAAGUGAGGGAGGCCGCGCCGCACCUUUCCGGCUCUUCAGCCCGGCCACAGGCAUCCCCCGACCGGAGAGUUGCGGCCCCGCGCUUCGAGAGCUGCGCCAGCCGGGAGAGGCGUUUGUCCGGAGCCGGGGCUCGCCCGCCGACCGGCUCGUCCUUCCGCCGGCCGCUUCCCACCCGUCAGGAGGUCGCUGCACACCCAGCCAAGGAGCGUGUGUAGGGAAGGGGCUCCAUGAAUGGAAAUCGGAACCCCAGGAGCUGUUGGGGCUCAGCCCCUCUUCACGGUGCCAAGGCGUCCAGGAUGUGGCACCAUGGGAAAACCGAUUAAACUGCUGGCCAACUGCUUCCAAGUAGAUAUCCCAAAGAUUGACGUCUACCUCUAUGAGGUAGACAUUAAACCAGAUAAAUGUCCUCGCAGGGUUAACAGGGAAGUGGUUGACUCUAUGGUUCAGCAUUUUAAAGUUCAGAUUUUUGGAGAAAGAAGACCUGUCUACGAUGGAAAGAGGAGUCUCUAUACUGCUGAUCCCAUUCCAGUCAGCAGUACUGGGGUGGAUUUGGAGGUGACAUUACCAGGUGAAGGGAAGGACCGAAUUUUCAGGGUAUCAAUAAAAUUUGUUUCAAGAGUGAGCUGGCACUUGCUACAUGAAGUUCUGACUGGUCGUAGCAUGCCAGAGUUGCUGCCCGGGUUGGAUCUAGACAAGCCACUCAGCACAAAUCCUGUCCAUGCUGUUGAUGUUGUCCUUCGACAUCUUCCCUCCAUGAAGUACACCCCUGUUGGCCGCUCUUUCUUCUCUGCCCCUGAAGGGUAUGACCAUCCAUUGGGUGGGGGUAGAGAAGUCUGGUUUGGUUUCCAUCAGUCUGUCAGACCUGCCAUGUGGAAAAUGAUGCUAAACAUAGAUGUUUCUGCCACUGCUUUCUAUAAAGCACAGCCUGUAAUUCAGUUCAUGUGUGAAGUUUUAGACAUACAUAAUAUUGAUGAACAACCACGACCUUUGACUGAUUCCCAUCGUGUCAAAUUCACCAAAGAAAUAAAAGGAUUGAAAGUUGAAGUAACUCACUGUGGGCCUAUGAGGAGAAAGUACCGUGUGUGCAACGUUACCAGACGACCAGCCAGCCAUCAGACGUUUCCCUUACAGUUGGAAAGUGGACAGACCGUAGAGUGCACGGUGGCUCAGUAUUUCAAACAGAAAUACAACCUGCAGCUAAAAUACCCACACCUACCCUGUCUACAGGUGGGACAGGAGCAGAAGCACACCUAUCUGCCACUUGAGGUCUGUAACAUUGUUGCGGGGCAGCGCUGUAUCAAGAAACUGACAGACAAUCAAACAUCAACAAUGAUCAAAGCCACCGCACGCUCAGCACCUGAUAGACAAGAGGAGAUAAGUAAACUGGUAAAAAGUGCAAACUAUGAGGCGGACCCUUUUGUCCAGGAGUUUCAGUUUAAAGUACGUGAUGAAAUGGCUCACGUGACAGGGCGGGUGCUUCCAGCUCCCAUGCUGCAGUAUGGAGGGAGGGUGGAACCAAGUCAUUUCAGAUUGCAAACUAAUCGAACAGUCGCUACUCCAAGUCAUGGUGUUUGGGACAUGCGGGGCAAGCAGUUCCACACUGGGGUUGAAAUCAAAAUGUGGGCGAUAGCAUGUUUUGCAGCACAGAGACAAUGUAGAGAAGAAGUACUUAAGAGUUUCACUGACCAGCUGCGGAAGAUAUCUAAGGAUGCAGGAAUGCCAAUUCAGGGCCAGCCGUGUUUUUGUAAAUAUGCACAAGGAGCUGAUAGUGUGGAGCCGAUGUUCAGGCAUUUGAAGAACACCUAUUCAGGACUCCAGCUUGUUAUUGUCAUUUUACCUGGGAAAACUCCUGUCUAUGCGGAAGUGAAGCGUGUGGGUGAUACUCUCCUAGGGAUGGCCACUCAGUGUGUUCAGGUGAAGAAUGUUGUUAAAACAUCUCCACAGACAUUAUCAAACCUCUGUCUCAAGAUCAACGUGAAACUAGGUGGAAUCAACAACAUCCUGGUACCGCAUCAACGACCAUCCGUGUUCCAGCAGCCUGUUAUUUUCCUGGGAGCCGAUGUCACACACCCACCUGCUGGAGAUGGCAAGAAGCCCUCAAUUGCUGCUGUUGUAGGCAGUAUGGAUGCCCAUCCUAGUCGUUACUGUGCUACCGUGCGUGUUCAGAGGCCUCGGCAGGAGAUCAUUCAAGAUUUGGCAUCGAUGGUUCGAGAACUUCUCAUCCAGUUUUACAAAUCAACACGUUUUAAGCCCACACGAAUUAUAUUUUAUCGAGAUGGGGUUUCUGAAGGGCAGUUUCGUCAGGUAUUGUAUUGCGAGCUUCUGGCAAUUCGAGAAGCGUGCAUCAGCCUGGAGAAGGACUAUCAGCCGGGAAUUACAUAUAUCGUGGUACAGAAGCGGCACCACACACGAUUAUUCUGUGCGGAUAAAAACGAAAGGGUUGGGAGAAGUGGAAAUAUUCCAGCCGGAACUACUGUAGAUACAGAUAUCACCCACCCAUACGAGUUUGAUUUUUAUCUCUGCAGCCAUGCUGGGAUACAGGGUACGAGUCGCCCCUCUCACUAUCACGUUCUGUGGGAUGAUAACUGCUUCUCUGCGGACGAGCUUCAGCUCCUCACCUAUCAGCUAUGUCAUACCUACGUGCGCUGCACGCGUUCUGUAUCUAUCCCAGCACCAGCCUAUUAUGCACAUUUGGUGGCAUUUAGAGCAAGGUACCAUUUGGUGGACAAAGAACAUGACAGUGCCGAAGGCAGUCACAUUUCUGGUCAGAGUAAUGGACGUGACCCUCAGGCUCUCGCCAAGGCUGUGCAGAUUCACCAGGACACCUUGCGCACUAUGUACUUCGCUUAAGUUUGGGAAAUUCCCUCCAGAAGAAACCGAAGAUCACAGCCUGCAAUUCCAGUGGGGUCAGUUUACGGGCAUGUCUCCAGCCAUACUGUAACUUUCACUGUGCGGGGACAGUAGUUUCAUAAACUGACAAAAAGAGAUUGUUUACCUACGAAGAUCAUAGCACUAUUAUGCAAUAUGAAACCAGCCAACUGCUCUGUGCGUGUGUGUAUGCGCGUGUGUGUGGCGUGCGCACGUGCGCGUGUGUGUGGCGUGCGCACGUGCGCGUGUGUGUGGCGUGCGCGUGCUGCGUCAGACCUUGUGUCUGUGUCUUUCCUUAUUUUCCAAAAUAGUUUCCUUUUGCCUUUACCUCAGUGUUUGGCAGCACAAAACUCCUCUUUAUCAAGCAACAUGAAAAUGGGUCAAAGAAAAAAUGUUUGACCAAUCUUGGAUCUCAAAGCAAGUCACUAAUUAGUUCAGAAAUCCAGUCAUUUGCUUGGAGUCUUCAAUUUGGGAGGGUGGGAGGUUGGAAAGAGAGGUGAAGACAUACUUGAAAAUAUAUUGUAGGGAAUAACUACCAAUGUUUCAUAAGAUCCAAGAGGCCCAUCUCCACCAUUCCACUGUUCAAAUUCUGCUUACCGGUUAAAUUAAGUCAACUGACUGUUGAACCUAGCUAUUAGUUGUGGUAAGCUCCACCAACAGAGCAGUGGAACUUUGUGUAUGUGAUAAAAGAUCAUUUCCAGUGCUUGGAUAAUCCUAAUUAUUGAUGGUGUGAGAAGAUCUUUGAAAAUUCCAAGAAUUGGAGGCUGUUUAAUGUAGAAACUUCUGCUUUUUUUUUUGUUACUGUUUACUUGCUAGCUCAUAACUAAAUGUGAUGUUUUUGUUUUAGCAUCCUGUAUUUAUUAGAAAGAAUGCUUAAUUUAAUAUGGAUUUACAUUAAAAUAUAGUAGCAUCAAUUCUAUUUAGUUCUGGAAUGUAACCGUGUUGUAUACUGACAGAACAUUGCUACCGUUAGUGCAAUAAGCGGUAAGAAAGCCCGUGUCCUACGCUGUUUUGGGGCAGCAGUUGUACCACUAUAAUCGUGGGAGAGUGGACACCUCCGCACUUCAGAACCUUAUCAGUUUUAAUAAGAAAAAGUUGAAUGCAAAAAAAAAAUAGGGCUGGGAUGUUUUAAUAUUACUUUAUUGGGACAUGGAUUUAUUUAAUUUACACAUCUAAUCACUGAAAUGUGAAUUUUUUCAGAUAUUUCUGUUUUAUUUCAGUCAUUCCAUUUUAAGAUAUACCAGUUUUUUUAUUUGGAUUUUUUUCAUAAAACAGUUUGAUGUGUCAUUGAUAGAAAUCUCAUGACGUUGUUUGCACUUUGUAAAACCUCAUGAACUGCAUAUUUUAUCUAACGGUUGUCAUUGCACUGGCUCAAACCGCAAUAUACAAAAUGCUGCAGCCUUCUUAAUGGAUGGGCAUUGCCUCUGUCCCAGCCCUACAAAAUCGCUUCUCCUCCACAUGAAAAUAUCUAUUUUUAGGGGAAAAAAAUGAAUACAGCUUUAUGGAAGCAAAAAAGACACUGCAGAAUUUUCCUUCCCUUUCACAAAAGCUGGGUCUUUGUCCUUGUGAUCAUAAAGCAAACUUUUGUUUUCCUAGUUUAUUCCACUUCAUCUCCUAGAUACAGAAAGGGCUAUUACUCUACAUAUGAUAUUGUAGUUUUUAAAUGAUACUCCUGCUUUACAAUGAAAUGUAGGAGUCCAGAUCGAUUCUUCAGGCAUGUUCACAGUAUUGAAAGUUUAAAAAGUUUACCAACUUUAUAACAAUUUCUAUCCAUCCAUGAUUUGGGACAGCAAUCUGAUUAAAUUAAUCUGUUAAUUUAAAAGAUAUCAGAUGGAUUUGUUAAUUUAUAAAGGCAAAUAAUAUCACUUUUUAAAAAUCAAUUUUUAUUCUGGGCAUUAAAUUGAAUAUGCAUUUAUUUAGUUAUUUGUGUGAAAGAGUUGCACAUAACUUGUUCAUUUUGUGCCUUUUAGGAACAUGUAUAUUUAUGCAUGUAUUGUCCAAUUGUAGUUAAUCAUAAUUUUUCAUCGUGUUUCUUGUGUUCAGAAUCACACUUGUAAAAUAGAGUUACACUGAAUAUCAG